GUUGUUUAGGUAAGAAUUUGGUUCAAACGUUUGUCUCUGGUGCUAAUUUAUGAGGCUAUUAUAUCUCAGUGGUGUUGAAGGAGAAAUUUGUAAAAACUACUGGUUAAGUUUACAAAGCCACACAAUGCGUGUCCGGUGUUAUGUCUGUCAGGAGCUCUUUGGUGACUCUGAUGUUGUCAUGGCUCCACAAUGUGGUCACACAUUUCACAACACUUGCAUCACACAAUGGCUUGGUACCAAGAAAUCUUGUCCAACGUGUCGUCAAACCACAUCAAAUGAAAAACUAGGCAGAAUCUUCUUUGAUAUUGCUUUCUCUGUUGAAGUAGACUCUGCAGAUCUUCAGCAAAAGCUGGAUGAAACGUCCCUGGAAUUUCAAGUUGUACAAAAAGAACUGAGAGAAGUUAGGCAAGAGAAUCUAGAGAUUCAGAGAGAGAUGGUCUUUCUAGAGGACGAAGCUUCACAUUUUGAGAUUGAACAGUCCCUGGAAUUUCAAGUUGUACAACAAGAACUGAGAGAAGUUAGGCAAGAGAAUGUCACUCUAAAGGAAAAAUCUAACAAGUACGAAAAGGAAAGGUUGGAUCGUGAGUUGGUCAUCCGUCAAUUGGGAACCGAACUAAGUAUUCUCCAACAGAGAGUCGCUUUCCUGAAUAAGCAAGAAGAAGAGCUGCAGUCCGAGCUGAAUACUAAAGUACAACUAAAGCAGAAAGCCGACGAAGAGUUAAGAAAAUGUCGACGACUCCUGAGCACUUUCCGCCUUGAACUCCAGCAAACCAAGAAGGAAUUGAAGGAGAAAGAAGAAGAAGAAGAGAAAUCAAGCUUGGCAGAAGAAUUGAUUGAAAUAUACACUGCAGAAAAUGCAAAACUUAAAGAAAAGCUUAAGGCCCUUACAGAGUCGAUCUCAUCGCCGAGUGGUUAUCCAUCUCGUCUAAUCAAUGAGAGCCCUGCUCCGACCAACCUUCGAAUGUCUAAUCUUCUCAUGACAACGCCAUCGUCCCCUUCUACUCCAUUAGUUCCGCUUAGAAUGAAAAAUUCUAACGUUCCUUCGUCUAGAUUGAUGUUGUCAUCACAAAAUAUUUCGAGCAUGCAGCUUAGCAAACCUGAUAAAGAAGAAGUUACUUCCAGUACUCAGCGAAAGGAGGCUCGCAAAGCUAGCAGUUCAUCCGCAUCCGUCGAUGGUGAAUCCCUGAAGUUUAAAAAAAUGAAAGUCGAUCAGGUACCGUCAACUAGUGGUUAUACCCGUAACUAGUGCCCAUCCAACAAAGAGGUCGAUCGCAAGUUUUUGAGGAACAUGAAGAAAUCGCGCGCACGCAAUCUGAGCACUGCUUUGUCGAUGAGUGUCGCCAAGUACCGCUAGAACCAGGCCAAAAAGUAGUUUCUCAAAUUCGCGAGGAUUAAGUUUUGUGUAAAACUCAAUGUUCUAAAUACAAAUCUUGAUUCUA